GGGUACUUUUAUCAGAAGAAACUAUUGACAGCAGUCAUGCCAGCGUAUCUUUACCCAUAGAGGUGCGAUAUGCACAACCCCUGGCGGUAAUGCCACCGUCAUUACGUUGUACUCCUUGAGUACCUGCUACUUUCCGCACCUCAUACAACCCGCGCUGCACCCAGCGCGACAUCUCCGCUCACACUGCCUCGCACUGGACUAAAGACGCCGACGCUGCCGACCUGAUCCUCCACAACCCCGAUCCCUACUGAUUUCAAACCAACAUACAAGGCAACUUCCCGGGGGGCUUUCUGGGCGCGCACACCAGUGGGCAUUUCACUAACGGCGGCGACCCUGGCGGCGACCUCUUCGUGAGUCCGGCGAUCCGGUGUUCUGGCUCCAUCAUGGGAUGAUAGACCGCGUGUGGUGGACGUGGCAGAAUUUGGAUAUUGAGAAGGAGAAGGACGCGAUUAGUGGGUCGUUGACGGUAAAUAAUAGUCCACCGAGUCGGAAUGCAACGUUAGAUGACUUGAUCGACUUGGGCGUGAAUGCGGCCCCGAUUAAUAUUCGAGAUGAGACGAGUACGAUCGCGGGGCCGUUU